AAUAGCUCUAACCAUGUCAUGUCUGAAGGAUGUCUCACAGGAAAAGAGAUUCCACUCAUAAGUAAUAAUAGCGCAGUGUGUGAAGUUCACAUUUACAUGAUAACAUUGGUCAACUUUGGGUAGGCCUAGCCACAGUCACCUGUCACCUUGAUGGAUUUGGAGGAGCAACAGAUCUUGCCCCAUUCUCCCUUCGCUCAACCAAUUCGCUGUAUAGUUAAACUCGGAGGUGCUGCAAUUACUUGUAAAAAUGAGUUAGAGAUGAUAAAUGACGAGAUUCUUCACAAGGUGUCUGAACAGCUGAGGCAGGCAAUGAUUUCAUCUUCUCAGAAGCCUCCUGGGAUGGAUUGGAGCAAGAGACAUGGUGCCUCAGAAAUCUGUUGCAACCCCGAUGAAUUCAAAGAUCAUUCCGUCAUUGAUUGUAGUCCUUUCAUUGUUGUUCAUGGAGCAGGUUCUUUUGGGCAUUUCCAAGCUAGCAAAUCUGGUGUCCACAAAGGACAGCUGAAUAAACCUAUUGUCAAGGGUGGUUUCGUUGCUACCAGAAUUUCUGUAACUACUCUCAAUCUUGCAAUAGUUAGAGCACUGGCCCGAGAGGGCAUUCCUUCAAUUGGAAUGUCACCUUUCUCUUGUGGAUGGUUUACCAAGGAGAAACAUAUAUCUUCAGGUGAUUUAUCUUCAGUAGCUAAGGCAAUCGAGUCAGGAUUUACUCCUGUUCUACAUGGAGAUGCUGUGUUUGAUGAUAUUCAAGGAUGCAGUAUUUUGAGUGGAGAUGUUAUCAUUAGUCAUCUGGCAGCAUACUCAAAGCCUAAAUAUGUUGUUUUCAUGACAGAUGUAUAUGGCGUAUAUGAUCGCCCACCAACAGAACCUGAUGCAAUGCUGUUAAAGGAAAUCGCUGUCGCUGAAGAUGGAAGCUGGUCAGUCAUAAAUCCAAAGUUGCAGAACUCGGUUGAGUUGACUGUUGCCGCUCAUGAUACAACUGGUGGAAUGGAAACAAAGAUAUCCGAAGCUGCAAUGAUAGCAAAGCUUGGAAUUGAUGUCUACAUUGUAAAAGCAGCAACCAGCCACUCAUUAAGGGCUUUAAGUGGAGUUCUGAGAAGCGGCAUUCCCAAUGACUGGCUUGGGACAGUAGUUCGAUCUUCAAGAUAAGUCAAUAAAUCUGCCAUAACACGAACUUUUGCUUCACUCCAAAUCAUCAAACGUGAUUUAGUGAUUUCUAGGGCUCCUCAUGAUUCUGAAUAAGUUAUAUUCUAACAUAUGUCUUACAGAAACUACUCAAUUCACUGCCUAUAUUUCAGUGAUGUUCAGUAUAUUAUACAAGCUGUGAACUGAGUCACCGAUGAUGUUUUAUAUUUUCCAUGUAUUGACGUUAUAUUGUGCAUCUUGCGCAUCACUCAAACAGUUUAAACUAGAAGUAUUGUUCUGACA